UCUCAGUUUAGCGUAAGAAGUUGAUCUGCGCGAUCACGCUUUUGGUCGUCGUCGUGGUCGUCUUUGCCGUCGUUCCGCUCGGACCCUCCAGUGAAGGAGGUUUCGCGUUGUUGGCGUAUGGUGCUUCGGGCACUAUACACAUUUUUUCGCUGUGUCGUUGUUGUUAUUGAUGUUGAUCGUCUUGGGAGCAGCUUUCUGGAGCUAGUUGGGUGUGUUGGUGUCGAUAGUUGUUAUUCUUAUUACUGUUUUCUCGUACAAGGUGCAGGCCAUCCCUCUCGCGCUGGUUGUUCGUUAAGGGAAUACGGGAGUGAAAUAGUUGCAAGUGGUUCGUUCAGAGCUGGUACCAGUUUGGAGCUACAUAAAGUGAAAGAUUAAUAAGAAUCAUUCCAAGUACCAUGCCAAGAUGUGUUGAAAAAAAGCUUGUUCAAGUGUAUGUGAGGACAUGUCAUUCCUCAGGCCAUUGUACUGAAAAUUUUUGUAUGAAUUUAAUGUUUUUGUUUUUUUCGCAUACUUUAUGCAACCCCUUUCGCCACAUAGCAAUAGUUACUAAACGUGAACUCUACCGAGGUUGAGUAACUUUCGCGACAUAACUAAUUCAUAAAGCAACCGAAUGAAAUAAAGGAAUUUCAGCCAGUCCAACAAGCACACUUAAAAGUCCACUUAAACCCAAGGAUGGAUACUAAAAUGGGAUGAAAUUUCACUCGUUAGACCUCACGGAAUAUAUUGCAGCUGUUAAAUGGACAUUUUUGUAAGGCAUACUGAGAAACAGCUAAAAGUGUCUCCAAAAGUGGUUCUCCAUUAAGUUGGUAUGUCCAGUGGGUUGGGGCUGCGGGGUUGACAUCUGGCAGAAAGCGAAAAUGGGAAUGAAAUCGUUUCAAAGAUGUUAAGUGUGUACAGAGAGAAAAAUUAAAGUGAACUAAAAUGUUGAAAUAGCUGUCAGUGUUGGUGCAAAUUGUGCAAUGUUGUAAUUGUCCAAUGUCUAAUGAAUCAAAAGUCCAUUUGGAUCAAAUAAAAUUGAGUGCUGAAAUCUGGCCUGGUGCGUAAACCUCUGUUAGUCAUACAUACAACAACACACACAAGCAAGUGCCGAUUAAUGUUGAUGAUUGCAAGUGUGAAUGUGCAACUGUGUGUGUUAGUAACCAGCAGCUAUUGCAACCAUUCAACUUAAGGGGGUCCAGCGUUGAACCUCUCGGAAACUGUGGUGCGAAAGGGUAGCGAGCCAGCCCAGCAUCCUCUCGCCGUGUGUGUGCCACGCUGACGUUUCUGGUGGCGGCCACGGAGGAGAGGUCGAGGAAAUUUUUGCAUAUUACCACCGAGGCUGAACCGGACUAAAGGCUGUGGAGAACAGUUGGAACAUGGAUCAAGCAACGACGAUCGACGUGUUCGUAAGCGAUGUAUAACAAUAAGGUCAUAACAAGGUGACGGCAGUAUGGAGCUCCGCAUCGUAGAAAAUAGAUAGCAGUUAACUACCCGACAUGUCGCACCAACAACGCCGUGGUGCACCGGUUGAGUGUCCGCUAGCGUCCCUUGGGCGGAACACUCCCUCGAUGGACGCUCUUCAGUACCACCACCCACUGAGCUCCAGUCCGCUGGAUCCGCAAGCGUACCAAAUGUCCCGGAAAUCACCGAUCCUUGGUAUCGAUUCGGACAUUUACACUGCGGAGACAAGUCUGAUAGCCAAUCAUCCUACCACAAAUGGGUGCGCUAGUGAUAAAACCUUAGAAAACAGCAAUAUGCUCUCUAGGAGCUCCUCUUCAUCGAUAGAUCAGAAUACUCCAUUCCUGCAUCAACCGCCACCGCCGAACGUCAACAGGCGAGGGGAGUAUCGACCGCUGCGACCAAGAACUUAUACCCCCAUAGAUGCACUUCUAACCAACACCUACCAGCACCAUCAAAGACUGUCGCCGGUCCUCAUGGACAUGCAACGGAACCAUGCGAACUAUCCACGUGAGGGUCAAUCCCUGACGUCGCUCUCGGAAGCGGAUCGUUACUUUCUGGAGGAGAAAAUGGAUUCUCUCUACAUUCAAGGUGCCAUCCGACGGAACGUCAACACUCCGUCCAGUCUCACCCGAAACCAGUCCAGCAGCAGCAACAACACCGAGCGGUACUACCUGGAAAAUGAGAACAUCGACGCGAUCUACAACUUCUGUCACGCUGCGGCUGCGGUCACUACUCUCAACUCGCACAACUCCUCCUCGAAGGCCUCUUCGAGCCACAAUGACUGUCUAGACUCUAGUUCACCAAACCUGCUGCGGCGAGCGUCCAGCCCGGAAACCAGUGGGUCCGAUCGGUACCUGCUCGACCGGAUACGAGGCUCGCCGGCAUACCACGGGAGAAACUCACGCCUCGCUCAGCAGAUGAAAGUAAACUCGACAGAUUUCGUUGACGGGAGAAUGCAUCUCACCAAAUCGCAACACUUCACGGAUGGCCUGAGCCGAUACGGACGUUUUUCCCCCAGUAUGGAUCAAGGCUACCACACAUUGGUAUCGCCUUCGCCAUCCGGUCAGCAGCAGUCCUCGAUACCGGCUACAUGGAAUACAGCGGCUCCCAGUAGCAGUAGCACCUCAACAACAAACGGCGCCAACGGUUGCGGUCAGAUGAGCAACAGCCAUCUCGGUAACGGAGAUAUACUGAAUGGGAGUAAAGGUACUAUGUAUCGCGCAGGACCCCUGUUCGAUCGGAUUUCCGAUGAGCUAAUGGUGAAAAUUUUCGACUGGCUAGACAGCAGCGAACUAUGCAAUAUCGCUCGAGUAUGCAAGCGCUUUGAAUCGGUCAUUUGGAGCCCAAACCUUUGGAAAAUCAUUAAAAUCAAAGGCGAAAACAAUAGCGGUGAUAGAGCAAUCAAGACCAUCCUUCGACGGUUAUGUGGUCAAACACGGAACGGAGCUUGCCCCGGAGUGGAACGUGUGCUGCUAAGCGAUGGUUGUCGGUUAACAGACAAAGGGUUUCAGCUACUAUCGAGGCGGUGUCCGGAAAUUACGCAUUUGCAAGUCCAAAAUAGUGUGGCCGUUACAAAUCAGGCGCUGUUUGACUUGGUAACGAAAUGUACAAAUUUACAACAUCUGGAUAUAACAGGAUGUGCCCAAAUCACGUGCAUCAAUGUGAAUCCAGGUUUAGAGCCACCUCGGCGAUUACUGCUGCAAUAUCUGGACCUCACUGAUUGCGCUUCGAUUUCGGACUCUGGGCUUAAAAUAAUCGCCCGAAACUGUCCGCUAUUAGUCUACCUUUACUUACGGCGCUGUAUCCAGAUAACAGAUGCUGGUCUCAAAUUCAUCCCAAACUUUUGCAUAGCUCUUCGAGAGCUGAGCGUUUCGGACUGUACGAACAUCACCGAUUUUGGACUGUACGAGCUCGCUAAGCUUGGUGCUACACUACGGUAUCUUUCGGUCGCUAAAUGCGACCAAGUUUCCGACGCAGGACUGAAGGUCAUAGCCCGACGGUGCUACAAGAUGCGCUAUUUGAACGCCCGAGGUUGCGAAGCGGUUAGUGACGAUUCGAUUAACGUGCUUGCCCGGUCAUGUCCACGGCUGCGAGCCCUGGAUAUUGGGAAGUGUGACGUCAGCGACGCUGGACUUAGGGCCUUGGCCGAGAGCUGUCCCAAUUUGAAGAAACUUAGCUUACGAAAUUGUGAUAUGAUAACCGAUCGAGGUAUCCAGUGCAUUGCGUACUACUGCCGGGGUCUGCAGCAGCUGAACAUCCAGGAUUGCCAAAUAUCCGUCGAAGGAUACAGAGCGGUCAAGAAAUACUGUAAACGAUGCGUUAUUGAGCAUACGAAUCCGGGAUUUUGCUAGCGAUUGUUGAAUGUACAGGCUAAGUGCUCUCUUUUUACGUGUUUUAAACAUACAAACUGUGUAGCAAAUUGUUUUAGAAAUUUCGAAUUUUGAUUUAAAGUUUUGCCAAAAAACACGAGCAGAAAUUUGUUGAUAACUUUAUUUAAUUAGGGGAAUAUUUUAUAUUAUGUUUUGUAAUAAAAAUAUACUGUACACUAACGACGUAAUAUAAUUUUUUUUUAUAUUUUUGCCUUGACCUUUCAAAUAUUUUGUAUAGACUUUAUUUAUAUAAAAUGUAGAGCAAAUAAAAUGUAUUUAUUUUACGAAA